AUGUCGGACAAGAAGAAAAAUAGGCUUUCUAUCUACAAUCUUUUCGGAAAAGCCCCUUCACCAGAGCCUUCUGCAAAACCGCAAAAAAGAAAAUCACGUCCAACUCCUUAUUCAAAAAUAAAUAGGUUGUCAUAUGUCCUCCCUAAUGAUGCGAGCUUGAAGAAGGCAGACUACUCAUCCAUUCCAAAGCUCCCAAAAAAUGACAAUAAACUAAACCCAUCAAAUAGAAAUCUAGAAGUAGCAAAUAAAAGUUCCAAAUCAACAUCCCCUAGUCCGUCUAAUAAUAACAACAAUCUAAAAAUAUCAUCAACGGUAACGCCUCCAGCUAAAGAAUCAUUACCCUUGGUGAAUAGCAAUUACAAUAUUGAUUCAUCCAAAGAGAAUGAAAUUCACUCUUUAGGGCAAAUACCAAACACACCGUCUAAAGCCAACAACGUCGGAAGUACGUCGAGUCUUUCGUCAUCGAUUUAUCCCAAUGAUUCAUCAUCUAAAAAUUUAAGCAAUUCUACACUACCUGAUUUUGCCAGAAAAUCAUCAUCUAUUUAUCCAGAAUCAAUGUUUUCUCCAGAAAGGCGAAAUACACAAAAGCUUGGUAAUUUAAGGUCUAGUCAAAGCGUUAAAAGGACAGAUUUACUAAGGAAACGUAAGCCGCCUCCAACACUGUCGCUAAACACAGAGUCUGUUUCUGAGAAUUUGGAGCCCACAAGUAGGAUCAAAGCAGAAGAAAAUGAGAUUUUGUCUGAUAGCUCAUUAAAAAGCUCAGAAAGUGAAUUUUCACCUCUUAAGUUAAUGCCUAUAAUUUCAAAUUCCUCUGAGCAAAAUCAACAUAAAAACCUAUUAUCCUCGGAUACAAAGCUAGAUCCGGCAAAUAAUGUUAUGUUUGCCCCUUCUAGUAUGGAUUAUGAUCCACCCAAAUUUCAAAGUCCAGAAAGUAAUGACUUAAAUACGAACAAUCAUAAACAUUCGAGAACAUUAUCAAGCAUUGAAGAAAUAACAAGUGCUUUAGAAACUUUCCAAAGGGAACAAGAGCGAUCAUUUCUACAUAACAAUGAUAGAAUGGAAUCAAUCAAUGGGCAAAUUGAAGAUCAUAGUAGUGAAAUAUACAACACGAGCCAAACUAGCGAUAAGCUUACCUUCGACCAUGAUGAGUCUUUAAAUCUUGAGAGUUGUGAGCAUGAGGAUUACCCUGAAAAUUCUGAAGAGCUUUUAGAUGACGAAUCAAUGAAUAAACAAACAAAACAUUAUGAUCCUGAAGGAAUGGGUGGUGGCGGUCUGUUUAUGAAAGUUAAAGAUCUUCCAUCAUUAGAAACUGGAGAAAGUUUGCCUGAGUAUAUCGAAAAGUUAAAGUGUACUAAGCUCAAUAUACCCGAAGAUAAUAAAGAAGAUUUUUCCAUUGAGUUGACCAAACCUAAAACCUUGGGUUCCGACUACUCCAGCUCUUUUGAGAUUUUUUAUGAUGUGCCAGAGAGUAACUCAAAAUCCUCACAGGUUACUCCUGUCCUUUCGGCAAACCAACAAUUCGAAGAAAUAGCUAGAAAAAAUGAGGAAACUGAAGACACAACUAAAGAAAAUCUAUCAACUUCAGUAGAAGGGGAAGGCAACGCUCCUACAGAGGUGCACUCCUCUGCCGCUGAUGAAGAAGGAGUCAAUGAUGAAACUGAAGGCCGCGUUUCUCUUGCUGAUGUAAACUUGGUACGUCCAGUGGAUGAAUAUUCUGAAUCCUCUUCCAGAAGUAGAGAAGAAAAUAGCAAAACUCACUUUUCUACUGAAAAGAUGGUCGACCACAGGGAGUCUGUAUCUACAGAAACAGUUGAUGAUGAAUAUGGAGUAGAAAAUUGGAAGCGAUAUAGCACUGAAACUGACUUUUUCCCCAAUGUCGAAGAAUUGAAAGACGAUAUGAGUUUUUCUGAAGUCUCAAAAACUUCAGAGGAUCAGGUUAUGAUAACACCAACCGAAGAGAUAGCUCAAAGGGAACUCGAUUUGGAUGAUGAAAUUGAAAACAGCUUUAAUGAAAUGAAAAUUUCCGAUCACUGUGCGAAUGGUGAGGCAGUUCAUGCAGAAAGAAACGGUAGCAUUAACGAUUUGUAUCCAACUUACACAAGAGAGUCUGAUAGUGUAGAGGCUGACAAAGAUACUAGUAAGAGUAAUAACUUCCACACCUAUGCCAAUUUUGACCGUUCCCCACUGCUCUCUCUAGACGCCUCCUCAUCUGAUGAUGUUGAGGGAGAUAAUGAAGGGUUCGACAGUGAUGCCCUACAAUUUUCACCGAAAACAACCGAAGUUCCAUUAUACAGACACAACUCAAUGCUAGCAAAAGGCGUUUUAGCAGAAAACAAGGACAUAACUACUUCGGCAAGUUCCCGCUUUAAAGGGAAAGGUGGUUUGCAUGUGAUGAACGAAGAUAGAGUGAGUCCAUCUGUUUCAGGAAGUUUAAGUUUUGGGUCUAGUGAACAUAAAAGCGAAACUGCUAUCUCUGAUGAUCACUACAGUGGAAGUUAUGCCCACGAACUCGAGUAUUCGGAUAGAAUUGUUGCACCUAUUCCUGAUUUUAAUUCAGGUACUUCGUCUAUAGAUGAAGAAUCUCAAGAUGCUGUAGGGGACUUCGACUCGGAGCAUAAUUUUGAGCCUAUUCUGACAUAUGACAGGAGGGAAGAUUUACAAGUAGCCCCUAUUCAACACUCCCAGUUAACUGCUUCUACACCACCUGUUCCAGGGGCUACCCAUAAAUCAAAAAAUAGACGGCCGCCCCCUGUAUAUCCAUCUGCUGGAAGAAGGCCUCGAGGACUAUCCGAAAGUACGGCCAACCCAGAGCUUUUCAAGAAUGGUAUCAGUAAACCAGCUGAAUUUUUAGACAGAGAUAAAGUAGCGGAAAAGAAUGCCGAUUUCAAUGAAGAGAAGAGCUCUCAUGAUGAAGUCCAAAGCGAAGGUGUCAUCAAAAAGGGAGAGAAGUGUAGCUACAUAGAAACUCUCAGACAGAAAAAGGGAAAAACCAACAUCAAAUCCAAUCCUUCACCUCAGAUACUGCCAAUUUCAAUCAAACAAAAUGGAACAAUCUCUCAUAAGAAAAUACCCUCUCAGCAGUUACGAAUGUCCAACAAAGGUAGAGCCUUCCGUCAUGGACAUGUCACUGUUAAACCGAGAACGAGACUGCUGGCUAGCGAAAUUGACGAUGGCGAAUUGCCUGAUGCCACAUUAUUCCACUCAUCCCAAAAAACCAAAGUUCCAGUUCAUCCAGAUGCAGAUGUAAUUGCCGCUUCAGAACGUUUCACGCAACUUGCAAAGCAGAAUUCUCGCAAUAACGGAGAUUUAGGACGUAUAAAUAGUGUUCUUAGUGUCAGACCCCAUUACGGAACUGGCAUGACAUUGUUUGUCGCCAAUCCUGACAGCGACGACGAAUAG